AUGAUGUACUACAAGUCCAUGUACCCCGACCUCCCUGAUGUGCCAGAGGGUAAUGUCCAUCACUUGCUCCUUAACCGCCCGGACCAGCAAACCUGGCCGGAUUACACGUUGUACGUGAAUGCGACCACCGAUAAACGGUGGUCUUUCCGUCAAUUCGUAGAGCGUGUGCGCGAUGGGGCUACCGCUCUAGGAACUGACAUCGAGCAAGGUGGUCUCGGCAUCUCUCCUGCGAAUGGUGAGAUCGUCGGGAUCCUGAGCGACAACUGCCUGGACUAUAUUGCGCUAUUGCAUUCUCUUUUGGCAAUUACAGUACCUUUUGCUUUGAUUUCUGCGUAUUCAACUUCUUUCGAAUUCAAACACGCGGUGUCACUAUCGCAGGCGACCCGAAUUUUUGUCAGCCACUCAUUACUCCCCCUCGCUUUGACCUCAGGUCUCCCGAAUGAUCGGAUAUACAUCCUGGAAGGUCACGACGAAGGUCGCUUGAGUUAUGAAGAUCUUGUCAGUCGCGCUCGGCACAACCGGAUCCCUCGAUUGCCUGUAAAACAUGCCUCACGAGACACUUUAGCAUACCUAGUUUUCUCGAGCGGAACAAGUGGGCUUCCAAAAGCUGUUAUGAUAUCUCAUGGAAACUUGACGAAUUCGAUCCUUCAGAUCAAGGUGGUGGGAGAAGAAGCGGCCAAAGUCCAGAAACCACCCGUUUGGAAUGGUCCCAAUGGUAUGCAGGUGCUAUUUAACGUUCUCCCAAUACACCACACGUACGGAUUGCAUGUGUCGUGUUUUCGGGUGUUCUUUUCGCCAAUCACUGUCGUCUUGCUUCCGAAAUGGGACAUCAAUGCUUACCUUGACGCUAUUCCUAAAUACCGCGCCACCACUAUAUACCUUGUUCCUUCCUUGGUCCAUCAACUCGUUCAUCGCCCUGAAUUCCAGGCCGCUGACCUCAGUACUGUCCAAACCGUGCUUUGCGGAGCCGCUUACUUGCCUGUGCCACUUUCUGAAGCACUGCUGUCUCGUUUCAAGGGCGCCGUCGAGCGGAUAGGUGAAGGCUAUGGCAUGUCUGAAAGCACAAUAGCUAUUGCUAACAAACCCUAUCCUGGCGUGCUUAAUGGGCGAGCGAAGAACAAGCCAGGCUCUACAGGUGUCUUGCUUCCUGGCAUUGAGGUUCGGGUGGUACGUGAUGACGGAACGCUGGCCGCCGUGAACGAGCCCGGAGAGCUGCACGUCCGAGCAGGAUGCGUUGCACUUGGGUACCGUAAUAACACGAAAGCAACCAAGGAAACGUUCGUCGAUGGAUGGCUUCAUACUGGAGAUCGGAUACGAAUAGAUGAAGAUGGCGUUUUAUUCUACGAGGAUAGAGCAAAGGACACGCUCAAGGUCUCGGGAUUGCAGGUUUCUCCUGUAGAAAUCGAAAAUACACUCCUGGUGCACCCAGAUAAACUUAUUGUUGACGCCUCAGUCGCAGGCGUGAGUGGCGGACGCACUCUUGACGAGCGGAUACCCCGGGCAUGGGUCGUUUUGUCUUCUGAGGGCCACAAAUUGGGAGCUUCUGCAACGAUUGCAAAGCUCGACGCAUGGGUUCGCGAGUCGUUGAGUAAAUAUAAAUGGCUCCGCGGAGGCAUCGAAGUGGUUGAUAUAAUUCCAAAAUCACCUACAGGAAAGGUACUAAGAAGACAGUUGGUCGAAAAAUACGAGAACGGGCAGAAGGCAAUUAAGGCCAAGCUCUAG